GUCAUUUGCAUCACGUGGCCUCCCGCCCCCCCCACCCCGCCGACGGUUAAGUUCUCGCGCAGUCGCGCAUCGCGGCGGUUCAGGGGGAAAUUUUUUUUGUUUUGUUUUUAUUUUUAUUUACUUAAAAAAAUAUAUAAAUAUUAUAAAAACUAUUGGGGGGGGAAAAAAAAAUUAAACUCGAUAAUUUAUUUUUCUCUCCUCGUCGCUUCGUCCACAAGCCAAGCAGACAUGAGUCGCCAGACAGGAGCGGCGCUGCCCAACGGGGCAUCGAAAACAACGCCGGCGCAGCGCGUGCCGGCACUCACGGGCACCACGGCCUCGAACAACGACCUGGCCAGCCUCUUCGAGUGCCCCGUGUGCUUCGACUACGUGCUGCCUCCCAUCCUGCAGUGCCAGAGCGGCCACCUGGUGUGCAGCGCGUGCCGGCCAAAGCUGUCGUGCUGCCCCACGUGCAGGGGCCCGCUCGGCAGCAUCCGCAACCUGGCAAUGGAGAAGGUGGCCGCAUCGGUUCUCUUCCCGUGCAAGUAUGCGUCGUCGGGCUGCGAGGUGACGCUGCCGCACACGGAGAAACCAGACCACGAGGAGCUGUGCGAGUUCCGGCCGUACUCAUGCCCAUGCCCCGGCGCCUCCUGCAAGUGGCAGGGCUCCUUGGAGACCGUCAUGCCCCACCUCCUCCACCAGCACAAGUCCAUCACCACGCUGCAGGGCGAAGAUAUCGUCUUCCUGGCGACAGACAUCAACCUACCCGGUGCCGUCGACUGGGUGAUGAUGCAGUCCUGCUUCGGUUUCCACUUCAUGCUGGUGCUGGAGAAGCAAGAGAAGUACGAUGGGCACCAGCAGUUCUUCGCCAUUGUGCAACUCAUCGGGACGCGCAAGCAGGCAGAGGGCUUCGCCUACCGCCUGGAGCUUAAUGGGCACCGGCGCCGCCUUACCUGGGAGGCAACGCCACGCUCCAUCCAUGAAGGCAUCGCCACAGCCAUCAUGAAUAGCGACUGUCUGGUGUUUGACACAAGCAUUGCACAGCUCUUUGCCGAGAAUGGCAACCUUGGCAUUAAUGUCACCAUCUCCAUGUGCUGAGGUGCUUUUAGCCGUGCCCAGGGAGCAGUGCGACUGUGUGCUGUGCGUGCAUUGCACUUGCAAAGAGACUGAACAUGGUUGCCACCAUCGUCCUAUGAACCUAAGGCAGUUUGGAGUGCGCUUGUCACCGCCCCUCUGUGUGUGUGUGUGUGCGCACGCACGUGUGUGACUUGUGUGGAGUCUCUUGGCCCUUCUUGUCUUGAAGUUUCCAUGUUCUGUAUUGUUCUCGCGGAUGUCGAGCCCACGGCACGUGCCCAUUUCCUUCAAGGACCUCGCUCAUCCCCACACUGAGUGGUCACUUUGUUGCAAUCUUGAAACCAGCACGUAUUGGAUUGUGUCCUCGUUCACUUGCCCUGAGAGCCGGACACGUCAAGUUUGCAUCUUCAUUCUUUUCUGGAUCCUAAAUUGGGGUGCACCCUGAGUAUGUUCAGCCAAUGCCAUCCUGAAGUACUGGGAAUGUGCACACAAUAUAAACAGUGCCAUCUUUACACAUCUGGACGACCAAACGCAGGUGUGGCAGCCCAAUGAUGUGGCCAAGAUGAUGUGUGCAAAUGAAAGGGAACUAUAAAGAUGUGCAUUUCCAUCUGCAUGCGUGGAAGAGAGCUUUUGUUGGCUUACAUUGGAGUUAUCCAGUUCCCAAUGAAUGGCCACGCGGUGAUCCUAAAAUGGCCAAGUCAUUGGACAUUCCCUGUCUGCGCAUUAUCAUUUACACGUUAUGUGCAUGUUCACAUUGUGAUCAUUACACCUGACGGCAUGACUGGUAUGUUUAAAGUGUUUUUGACUGCUUCAAGACAUUAAGUAUGUAACCCGCCUACACUCUGCGUUAUUAUUGAGUCUGUAUUGUACUCAUUUAUAAUCUGUACACCAAUGUUACACUUUGAAGCAGUGGUUGGCCUCUCUCUCUUUCCCAGUGUUAAGUGAGUUUACUGAGCAUUCCCAGUGUAAAUCCCUGCGCAGAACUCAAAAUGGAAUACAUUAAGACAGUUUUAUAAAUUCUCACAAUAAGCUGCCAUUCGGUUCUCUUUUGUUUCGUCUGUUUAAUGUAGCGUGACAAUGCUUUCAAAGGUCGGUUGGUGUCUUGGGAUCCGUUUGGGAGAGGACACAAAUGAGGAUGGAGAUGCAUCAAUGAGAACUUGCUUGCCUCUGCUCUAAGCAUGUAAUAAGGCAGACCAGCAGUGUUGUUUUAUUGAAAGAGUUGUGGUGGCGUAUGACAGAAACUGCACUCUGUAAAUAUGUCUAAAGAGUGUGGGUCUUACACUACAAGUACCGGAAGCAUUCAUUUGACUGUUCUAUUUGGUAUUUAUCUUGAAGUAAUAGUUUUGAUAAAACUGACCUAUAUGAGAGAAGAAAAAAAACACCCAUUAAAGAAACACAUUUGUUAGGUUUAUUUUUCUUUUUUUUACUUUUUUCCCCACUUUGGUUUUGUGAGCAAUAGAAUGCAUGUUAUGACCACAUUCAUUACCCAUUAAAUGUGUAAUAUGUACUACAUGUCUGUGUCACACAAAGUACUGUCCUUAAUGGCCUUGUUAAUACACUUUUUAUUUUUAUAAAUAAUUACAGUUAGAGUAGAGACUGUCCCUGUUUGAGGUAUACCCGUAUUUAAUAUUUUAAAGGUGUUUUGCUGAGUUGCAUACAUUUCUUGAUUUCAUUGAAAGGUAGCACAGAUAUUUGGUAAACGACGUAAUGCACAUCAAAAUGAACACAUUUUCUGGUUUGCAAAACUGGUCUUUUGAGUGGUGGUGCAGGGAAAUUGCAGUGGGUACACAUGUCAUUCUUGGGGCUUGACAUACUUUAAACCAGAUUUGCAUUUUCAUUGUUGUUGUCCAUGUUCAACCUCUGUUUCCAUACACAAAGGUAAUUGGUGGAACAAAAAAAUCAUGAGGAAUAGGCAGGAUUGCGCAGCACUCAUGCAAGCAAAUACAUAUUUUAUUUGCUGAUAGCCUGCUCCUUUUGAUGUUUUCAUGUUUUUGCAUUGAAUUCUGAACAACUUUGGCAGGAAUAUUAACCAUGUUAUGUGAAUGACAACAGCCUUUUGUGCAGUUGCAGAUUGGCCAAAGAUUGGCUAUUGAUGCUGUGUAGCAGCUGCUUUCUGGUGGCUGAAGGCACUUUUGACAGGCCACCAUUGUUAUGCAUGCUCAUAAGUCAAAACCUACACAUGACUAGUGUCAUCAUCAACAUGUUUCUGCUGCUGUGUUCCCAUAAUGGUGCCUCAAAAGGUGUAAAUGCAAGGUUAUCCUGCAUUAGCUAUUGACAGCAAUAUAGUAAUGAAGUGAAUUUCAGUUGACAUUUGGGCUCUUGCUUGCAUUGUCUUUGAUCCCCAAAGCACGUGGGCACAACGCGUUCCUGUCAAAGCACUAUUUUAGGCCAAGCCCUAUUUACAGCUCUGAGGAGGAGCAAGAUGGUCAGGAUGCUGACUCGUGUUUGUCAAUGUCGUAAAGUUGCGACAUGUUCACGUCACCUGGUAUUGCAAAUUACAUCAAGAUGUGUGUCCUUGAGAGUGCAUCUUUAGUUUGUGAGAGCAAAGGGAGUUGAUGUUUGAGGUGCUGUCGGUGUUGGGAUUGUCCAAACAAAAUGGAUGACGAUGUUAAACAGUCACAAGUUAAUUUUAGAUAUGCAUAUGCAGCCAACUCACAUGAGCAUCAGCAUUGUUAGACACGAUGACGUGUAAGGUGUGACCUGUGUCAUUGCGUGCCAUUUCUCACCGUUUCCAUUUAGAUUUACAUUUGAUACUCAUCACUAAUGGUGACUGUGUGGCAUGGCAGUGUAAGUUUUACGGAGUUGCCGCUGCAAUGUCUAUUUCCCGUGUAUUGUGAGGGGGCAGUGUUAGAAAGCAUGACAGUCAUUUCCUCGUUUUCACGCCACAAUUUGUUGUUCCCAGAGGACCCAUUCACAGCCGAUGUGCACUGAUGUUGAACCAUACUUGAGCACUUCCACCCUGUCCCCAACUUAGAGGUGUACCUCACCGUCAUACUACAGUAUAUCAACUACACAAUGAAAGAAGUUGCGUAGUUUAUUCCAGGUUGCACUGUUUAAAUUGUGCUUUUGAUACAUUGGGUCGUGUGGUAUUGACCAUUGCCACUGCCUCGCUGUAACACAUUUGCCCUCCAGGCUGGCAAACAUACACAUGCUGGCAAUCAUUUUAUUGAAAUUCAGUUCGGUGGCGCUGUAAUAUCCAGAAUUCAUAGUUGCUUUGUCAGUCGUUACUAAUCCUUUGCAACGAUUAAAGAAGCGAAAGUUGUUGAAAGAGAAUGGUUUCGAUGGAGCCUGUGAUACACUAUGAAUACUCUCAACGAUAUUGUUGGUCAACAGGAACUGAUUACUUUUGGUUUAUUGCUGAUUUAUUGUAUAGACACCUAUCAUUGUUUUCCGCUGGGCAAGCAUUGCAUAUUGUUGAACGUAAUGAACAGCUUUUCAAACAAUAUCACAGGCUAUUUUUGCAGCGUGUUCAAAGGCUAGGCGGUUCACAACUGAUGUAAACAUUUCCCAGCAUGGUAUAUUUGUUCAUGCAAACUUUAGAAGGGUAUUUUAGUUUUGAGCAGAGCGAGUCUGGGCUUGGAAGUGGGCACCUCUAUCGAAUCGAAGCAUGGUGGAACACAGUAAAAACAGAUAAGAAGCAGUGGGAAAGGGAAGCUGAUUCAUUGACUUACCAUGAGUAGCUAGCUGUAACAGUGGUUAUGUGGUCUUGCUAUUGGUGUGUUUCUCGAGGGCACGUUUAAAAUAAAUUACCUCUAAAUUUUAAUUUGGAAUUGAGUCCCGUUUAAAGAAAUGAUUGCAAUGUUAAAACGAGGAUGUACGAGUUGGGUUCAAAUGUUUGGGGACAACUGUAGUAGUUAUUGGUUUUACAAAGACUGCAGGAAGUGAUGUCCUCUUUGAUGACAGCUGAGUGCUUUAUUAACUGAGCAGUGCCCUUAUUGUAAGCUUUUAACAAGCAAGCAUAUUUAGUGCAUUAACAGUUAUGAUUGUAAGCACAGUAUUACAGGUAAUGCUGCAGUUACCUUUUAAGGGUUUAGUAGUUGAAAUGACCUUUCCCAUACUUAAUUAAAGGCUUAUUUAAAUGUCAUUUAUUAUUUCAAUUUACUUAAGCCUAAAGGAAUUUCCGGGGGUAAAUAUUGCAGAAUUUGGAUGAAUGGGCCAUGUUUUUUUAUGAAACGGCUGGUGUGCCGUCAUGAUGUCAUUGCUCACAAAAGAUCCCAUUGAAUGUCCCCAAUCAUAUUUUCGGUCUUUCACUCUCUUUGCACCCCUCCGUUCAUCUAUUAAAGCUGUCCUUGUCUCUAUUACCCAUUCUUUCCUUCCACUCCUUCCCGUCCCUCCCCUCUCGUGAUCCCUAAGUACCCCUCAAUCUCUGUCACUCCUUCCUCAGCCCUUUCACACCUCUGCCAUCGAAAUAAUUCAAUUCUGUUAUCGUUUUUUAAGCUACGUUAAUUUGAAAUGUAAAAUUUGAUUAGGAAGCAGGUGAAGAAAUGUGGAAAAAUGUACAUUAUAGCAUGGCGUGGGGACAACCAGGCAAUUGGUUUUAGGUCAUGGAGAAAAGUGUUUAUUUCAACCUGUUGGACGAUGGUGUUUCUACCUGCUUAAAAACAGAUACAUAUAUACAGAAAAAAAAUAACAGAAUUUUUAUCAUUUAAAUGGUGUGAAAGUUAAGUAAUAAAAUUAAUACAAAAAUUUUACAAACAUUUUAAAUGGCAUUGCAUUUGGUUUGGCACGGUUAGGUUAUUGCUGAGCGAUGGCUGUUCUUGGGCAGUGAAUGAACACAUGCACAGGCAUGUAUGUGGCUAGCAGUAUCCAUUUCAGGAGUGAAGCCGGCUCCGUUGUAUUUGCUUAUUUCACAGAAAAAAAAGCAUUGGCCACUGACAAGUUUCUGGUCCUUUAUUCAGGCUGUCAUCCACAUUACCUUGCACUAAGGGGAAGUUUCCCAGCAGCAAUUCGUUUCUCCUGAACAUUUACCUAUUUAACGGCACUUCUACAAAGAACGUCCCUAGCAUCCAAGUAAGGGACACCAGGGCCAUGGCCAGUUUCAGGGGAUGCUUUGGCAUUUAUGGAAAUGCAAGGGAUGCGGCACCAAACUAAGCCAUCAUGAACACGUUAAAAUAUUGUGAUUUGAUGUCGUACACUUGAAAAUGUAUGUACUUGGACGAAUGCUGUCAAUCACUUACCACACUCAUUUUCCUCCAAUUAUAUAAGUUCAUAAGGUGGACAGGUGCUUCCGAAUACUAUCAAAUCUCCAUGGGUAUCUGCAACAAAUGUGGUGUCCGUGUCCAAUGCCACUCAUUUUUUUUUAAACCAUUCUGAAUGUUGGUUUUUUUAAAGAGUUACCUUACUGUGUGUUGGUUGUGCCUGUCGUUGAGGUCAGACCGUUAAUAAAUUCUAAACUGCAUUCUUUAUUGCAUAAUUGUGACUUGACUGGCUUGGUCAAGCAGCUUCUUGCUACUUUGUGUCACGCAUGCCUUUCCAAGCCAGAUGUGCCUAAGAGGUGUUGUGCGAUUGAAAUAAAUCACGAACCUGUCA